GUCGCAGGACCCUGCUCAGCUUCUCACACUCCCAUUUGAUUCUUCAGCUGCCUCACUGCUGCACGACCAGGACACCAAAAUGAGUGCAAAAAAGUCUCCUGAAGAACUGAAGAGCAUUUUUGAAAAAUACGCAGCCAAAGAAGGUGAUCUAAACCAGCUGUCAAAGGAGGAGCUGAAGCUACUGAUUCAGACUGAAUUCCCCAGUUUACUGAAAGGUCCAAGCACCGUAGAUGACCUCUUUCAAGAACUGGACAAGAAUGGAGACGGAGAAGUUAGUUUUGAAGAAUUCCAGGUGUUAGUAAAAAAGAUAUCCCAGUGAAGGAAAAAACCAAACAGCAUCAUUCUAAGUACCAGAAGACACGUGCCUGGGAUGUGGCCCUAUUCUGUACGAAACCACCAAUGUCUCCACUUAAUUCUUUUGCAAUUAUAAUGAUCCAGCAGUGAGGUCUAAUUAUUGAAUAAAGAAAUCGUUAGACACGU